AUGAGACGAGCUGGUGGAAGCAACAAGUCAAGAUGGCCAGCCAUGCUAGUGGUCGGGGGUGCCAUACUUGCUGAGUGGAGCAACAGUGGAGUCGGAAAAUCUGGAGAUAAAGCUGUUGUGGAUGAGGCUGCUGGUGCCCCUCUAGGUGAGACUUUGGACCUCAUGACAGCUUUGCAGUUUGUCCUGAGGAAAUCAUUGGCUCAUGGUGGACUUGUACGAGGCCACCAUGAAGGUGCUAAGGUGAUUGAGAAGCACACUGCCCAGCUCUGUGUACUGGUAGAUGACUGCAACCAGCCUGACCAUAUUAAACUUGUCACAGCGCUUCGUGCUGACCAUAAUGUCAGCCUUAAAUCAGUGCCUAGUGCUAAAACUCUUGGCGAAUAG